AUCAAGGUUAGUAAAGCUGGAGUAAGGUUUUACUUAAGGACUUUCAAGAAUGUACGUGGCUUCACUAGAAUUUUACAACAAUAUACCACAACAAUAUUGGGGUUCACCCAUCGUAUGAGGGUCACUCUAUGUCACAACGUCUGAUAGACAUAUGAGCAUAUGAGCUCACAUCGUGUAGCGACAGUACCUUUAGACUUUGUCUCACUCCGUUUUUCAAGGAAAUCAUGUCAUUCAGAUCUUCCUGAGUGGAAGCUAGCUUAACCCCACCUCCUUUACAGCCACCCCCUUCCCGACUAUCAGCCGUCAGAACCUUGGUCAGAACGUAUUUUUCGAAAUUGUGCAGUGGGAGAAGUUAUGCUGAGACAGGGGGUAAAGUUGUACUUUAAGGUUGUUUUAAGUUUUAUUUUUCUGCUUUUUGUAAUUUCUCAGGUGCGAAAAUGGACAACACUGCCACCGACCCAGAGUCAGACACUGACUGGAGUUCCAACUCCAGCACUGACUCCACCGAUUCCAGGAGCAGUGAUACAAGCUCUUCCUCCUCUGAUGGCCGCAAGAAAAAGAGGAAGCACAAAAAGAAAAACAAAAAGAAGAGCAAAAAGGCUUCAAAGAACAAAGGACUUCGAGUGACAACAAUAUCGGAUGUUGUUAAAAGGUACCACCGGGUCCUUAAACUAAUUCAAAAAGGACGCAAGAUGUCGAGGGCAUUCCUGAAGGCACGCGUUUCUAGAAACGCAGUUAAAGACACCGCAGCAAUAGCGGAGCUCUACAUUGCAGAGAGGAGUGUCCUGGAUGGAAUCAAAGGCGAACAGAGGCUCCUUCAUUUAGCAAAGCUCUGCCAGUCCAAAAUUGUUGGAGAACUUGCACUUAAAAUUGAAGACCUGAAGAGGAAAAAAAAACUCAUACCAUUCUCCAAAAAGGGUUAAAGGGACAGGGGUGAAAGGAGAGAGUUUUUUUAAUUAAAGGAUAAAUCCUGUGUAAAAUGGAUCUGGGAUAUGUUUAAUAUGAUAAUGAGAUGGGAUGUUCGUUUGGGAGCAAAAAAGCACAUGCAGACGCAUUCUUAAGUUGGCUGUUUUUAGCCGAUUCUACCAAAACGCUAUAAGCUUGGAACGAUGUCUCAUGGUAAAAACAAAAUCGCUAUUUUAAACCACUUAAAAGGCUAGAAGUCCGACACUUCUUUGGUAGUAUAGUAAGGGUCUUAAAAUAUAAAACGAGGCAUUGAUAACUUUGUAAGUGUACAGAUUGUUUAUUCAUGGCUGCCGCGGGUUUUUAAAAGGUAGUAAAAGGUAGUAAAUUAAAUUAGGCCAAAUUAAAGCCAGUAAAAAGUAGUAAAAAGUAGUAAACGUCAUCUGACGAGGUAGUACAUUUUCGAACCCUAAUCCAACUGGACCAAUGCCUUUUUCAAUUAAUGUUACUAACGUGAAGGCCUAGCUUCUUCAAUAAACUUGCGUGAAUAUAUUUUUAUGUUGCGAGUAGGACCUGUGACCUAGGAUUCACGUGUACCCCGCGCGCGCGUUAAAGUCAGUUUGGGUACCCGGCUGGCUUGCUACCAAACCUCUCCGUGAGUUCGCAUCAAAAUGGGUAAAUGUAAAUUUUCAGACCUCUGGCUGGAGGAAUCAGCCUUUAAAGACUGUCUUAGGCCAGUAGCUGGCAACAGCCGAGAGGCGUAUUGCAGUGUCUGCAAAAAGACCAUUAAUAUUACCUGGAUGGGGGUGAAGGCGGUCAAAUCGCAUAUGGAGUCUGCCAGUCACCGAGCCAGGACGCGGGGACGUAGCGCGCAGCUACCGCUGUCGCUGUUUUGCGCUAGCACGACUGCUAGCUCUACGCCCUCAACCUCCACUGCUCCCUCAACUUCGUCUGCUCCCGCCCCGCAAUCCACCGCCAGUAUUCCUACGACCAGCACACAGAUGCUCUGCGCUGCCACCUCUACACUGCAGGCCGAGGUACUGUGGUGUUUAGAUUUAGCAGUAAAACACCACUCGUUCAAGUCAAACGAUAACAUAGGAGAGCUGUUCCGCAUGAUGUUCCCGGACUCCCAAAUCGCAAAAUCGUUCGCGUUGGCCAAGGACAAGACCGGCUACAUCAUCAAAUUUGGCAUUGCCCCCUAUUUUAAGAAGCAACUGGUUGAGGCCAUCAAUCAUGCUGGACCGUACGUCCUGAUGUUUGAUGAGAGCCUCAACCAGUCGUCAAAGAAAAAACAAAUGGAUAUACACAUUCGUUUUUUGGAAGAUGGUUGUGUACAGUCCAGAUAUUUUGGCUCACAGUUCCUGGGACAUGGAAGAGCUGACGAUCUGUUGCGGCACAUCAAAGUAAGUUUAUUUUCUUUUACUUACACUUAUUGGUUACAUAGGGGACAUUGUUUGCAUUUUAAC